ACAUUUUCAGAAAGUGAUAUUGAGAGUGCAUUUUCUUUAGAAAAAGGGACACUGAAUGCACAUCUGAAUACAAACUUUAUUUUGUAAGAAUGAAUGAGAGUGCAAGUACAACUGAAGCCUUUUCCUCCAUCCUUCCUUCCAGUAUAAAUUUGUUAAAUGCUAUAUAUUGUUAUUUGUUGUAUCUUCUCAUCUGUCAUAUAACAUUGCAUGGUAUGUACAGUAUAGCUGGCUGGUGAUUGUUGUAUCACUUCAGUGUUUUGCAUGCAUGACAGUUGUUGGUAAAUUUUUAAUGAGGCCAGCUCUAAAGCAGAAAUUAAGCAGGUAUUUAGUGUGCAAGUGACAAUGAGACACAGAAAUUUGAUCCACAUGUGCUGUAACAUUGGAUGUAUGAGGUCAAUUCAACACCUUCUAUGCUGUCAAGAAGUAACAAAUGUCACUAGUCAGAUACAGAUUGAAUGUCAUUCAUAUUCAGUUGACACAGCUCAGGCAACUACUCCCUCAGAUAAUGCCGUUUUCUUUCCGUUAUUUACUUUACACUCAAUUUUCUAGUAUUUGUCACAGAGCGUCUACACUGAAGCAUUUGGUGGCUACAUCACUUAUGUAAAAGCACAGAGAGGCUGCCAGUUUUGUGCUGCUGUCCAUUUGCACCAUUAUAUGACUGGGAAAGGUGAAGCUGGUAGAUGUCCAGACUUCUACCAGGGUAAACAGCUGUAUACGAAGACAACAUGUAGUGGCAUGAGCAAUGAUUUGCUUUUCUUACUGGUCUGUGAUUGUAUGAACAUAUUCUGCCUGUUUCUUCCCAGCUCUAACUCCCUGUAGGUAGAUAUCAGUUUGUGUCUUAAUGUUUCUCUAGACAUCUAACAGCUCGUGUUUAUAGAAUAAGCGCAGGUGGCCUGAAACCUGUUGUUCAAGGCUAUCAGGACCUGCAUUAUGACUGCUUGCCACAGUGAACAGUUAGUAUGUCCUUGUAUUUGCUUCAUAUUUAUCAUUCCUUGAGCCGUUUCCUUGCCAGGAAGUGCAGAUUAUGGUCAAGGGACAUUCCGUCCUACAGUGUUUCAGAACCAGCCAGGUCAAAGGAUCAAAUACCAGACUGUUAUGGUGACUAGCAAGACAAUGUAGAUCUCUAUUUCCAGACUGUUCAUUAACGCCGGAGAAUAACGAGUAGAGUAAAAUUUAAUGAAUUAUGUACAAAUCUAAAACAAAAGGCAUACCUAGAUAUAUAUACAUUCUAAUUAUGCAUGAGGAAAACUUGAACAUGAAUUUCACAAGCUUUGUUGAGAGACUGUCAGGACACUGUAUUCUGUUAUUGUUCAUAUUUAAAUUUUUAAAAAAUGUUUGUAAUUCUACAUCUUAUGCUAUAGUUGUUCUUUGUUUUUGCGUAAUAGAUGUGUAAGCCAGUUGCAUGAGAUUUAAGCAGUACAUUUAUGUGUCAGCAGGGAGCUCUGUUGCACUGAUGUCAGAGUUUUUCUUUGCUGAACGCCAUCAUGUUACAUACAAGAACUCACAGGUGUCCCCCGUGGAAAUAUUAAGUGUCUGGGGAGUCCAGUUGUCUUGGAUGCAGUCUCACUUCAGUCAGCAGAGAGGACAGGACCAACACCCGGCAAAGAGAAACAUGACAUCCUCGCUUCAACCUCAGGUGUACCAGAGGAUGACCCACAUGGUGGGCCUGGCAGCUCUCUGCCUGCUGCUGGUGUUCCCACUGAGCAACUCCCAGAGCACCCUGCGGUCUGAACAGGAGAUUCCUGCUCAUCAGGCCCCAGCAGCGCAUCCUCCUCCACCACACAUCGGGGAGCUACUCAGAAAAGAGGAAACCACUCAUUUAAAUGCAAAGCAAACUUACGCCCAUUUAGACAAAGAUAAUGCCAAAGUGGGUCUGUUCAUUGCUGCGGCCAUGGGAACCUUCACUCUGAUGGCUGCAGUGUACUGUAUCUACAACAAGUUCUACAACAAACACCAGUACCUGCACACCCAGCUUAACGAUGACUCAGAUUUAACCACAGACCCCAUGGACCCUCCCCCUGUGUUUUUCCAUGCCUCUGCUGGCUCCAGUGCAGUAGAUGUGCAGAAAGCUGGUUAUGGCUCGCUCUCGGACACUCCAUCCAUCAUCUCUGUGCCACCCUGCCUGUCCCCUCUUCCCUCUGCCAUGCCCUUCCCUCCUCUCUUCCUUUCUCGUCAAUCCCUGAGAACUAUAUCAGCGAAGGAUCUGGAGAAGAGCUGUAUCUGAAAUUGAAUGCUUAGUUAGCAGAUGACUUUUGAAUGACAGUAAAUAAGAAGUAGUUGUUAUUUGAAUGUGCAAGUUGUUUUCCAUAAUCUAUACACAUCAGGAAAAAAAAAAUUGCAGGCAGGCUUUUUAGCAACAUUUGGCGGUAUAAUAUACCAGUCCUGCUAACUGCUAGCUACACCUGCUAAAACCACCAAAUCUGUCAGUUACCAUUGUUAACCAUUAACAUGUCGCUCUUUCACAGCCUAUAACCACCACCAAGUCUGCCCUAAACUCCUUUGCAUCAUAACCAUAUGUAUGAAUUGUGCCGUAAAUUUGUACAGCUAUAGUAAAUUAGAUCUUUCCUGCACCUUUACCAUCCACAGCCAUCCCUUCAGUAGUCGCCAAAGAUACCUGGAAAAAAUAAACUGUCCAGAGAUGA